CCCAUUUAGCUUUUCUUUGUUUUCUUUCGUUUUUGAUCCUUUGAGAAAGAAAAAGUUCGGAGAUAGUUUUCAAUGGCGUGCGUCAGAGGCAGUGCAGCCGUGAAAGUAGUGCUUAUUGAAACGCAGUACGUGGAAACCGACCCCAUGAGCUUCAAAUCCGUAGUUCAGAGCCUUACUGGGAAGGACUCGUGUGUUGCGAAGAGCUCCUUACGUGGCGAAAAGAGAAAAAGACGGCCGGUUGCAGUUGCCGUUGCGGCUGCGAGCGGCGGCGCUGUCGGCGGAGGAAAUAAAAAUGUUUCGAUGUUAACGAAGGGCAUGUCGUUUAAGGACUUGGAUAAGAUGAUCUUGGAGGCGCCGCCGAUGGAGGAGUUGGUCUGGCUCUGGGCUGAGUAGAAUUUACAGAGAAAAUGACUACUUUCUCCCCAACGAAUCAAGCGUU